AUUUAGAUUGGCAUUCGGAAAUAACGCGACCUUCACGUAUCGAUAGUCUUUUCCAAUUUCAUGGCAAAAAUUUGCGUAUGUGGGCGCACUUUAUACGUAGCGAUAAUGAACGACGCGUGCGAAAGGAUAUAUAAGGUUUCGGAUUCGGCGCGUUCGAUUUAUUACCAAAUACCGAUGGCAAUUUGUUUAAUUAAGCGGAAUAAUUCCAUCCUUGAUGGAAAAUAUAUCCAUACUAGCUCAAGGAUAUGCUGGCCAAUAAACAUUGAACAACAAGUAAAUUAGGUAUUCAUUUGAUGCGCAUUUCAAUAAUUCUUCAUUAUCUAUGAUAUUAAAAUUAUUUACUCUCCGAUGGAAGUAAAACACCAUAAAUUUCAAUAAUAAUCGGCAUUUCCUGAGAAAUUUAAAUAAAUUUUUAAAUCACGGUCCGUAGCAAAAUCUCGUAUUUCCUCCAAUCAAAUCACAAUGAAAUGUUAGCGGAAUACGGAGAUACUUGUGCGGCUCUAACCUUUUUUCAUAUCCCAUCACUCUACAACUCAUUCACUUGACAGAGCCCUAACAAUCCACGUUAGCGUCGUCGUCGAUCUUUGACUUCUGCACGAGUCAGGUGAACGUCGUGUAAACACAACACAUAAUAGUGGACUAAGAUUAAAAAACAAAAGUAUUAAUAAUGAGCUCCGGCAACAACGAGUGCACGGUGGAGGCGAUGAAAGAUUCCGAAGGAAUGAAUCUCGACGGAGUUUACUGCACUCAUUGUCCUUCCAAAAUACUGAAUGCGGGUAGUGCAGCCUUCAAACGGUUCGAAUUUCCCCUACCGCUCAUGCAGUACAAAAAAGGCGAACAAAUCGACAAGAAAGAGACGUUGGAGGUAUUUUGGCAGGUCGACGAUGUCAUGACUUUCGAGAACAUCGGAGUCUCGCACAAAGUCGACAACAUCAAGUAUCUGGCCUGCGCCGAUUGCGAGAGAGGACCCGUCGGCUGGAUCGACGCGGACACGCAGCAGUGUUACAUAGCUCUGGACCGAGUCAAGCACACGAGUGCCGCGAGCGAUUCCGGCAGGCCGAGACAGUCCCUGGACGAUUUUCUCAAAAGCGCGAAAUAAUUCGUUGAACAAAGUGUAUAUUUUGUUAUGUACAUAUUAUCCAUUUUUUAUCUCGAGAAUGUGGAGCUUGAGUGUCUUGUAUGUAACACUUAUUAUAAGUUGGUAAAAUUAAAAUUAAAAUAUUUUUAUAAAUGAUAUGAGGUCAUUGAUUCAUCUCGUGACAGAAUUCUAUUCUUGUAGAUGAAAAUAAUAAUGAGAAAAGUAUUAUGUGAUUGAAAUACAUGAUCUUUUUAUUGACUUGUCUGUGUAUUAAACUUAAUAUGAUAAAUAAUGAACACUUUCAAGAUAUAAUUGACAAUCAAAAUCAUUUAUUUACAGAUUGAAUGUUUAUUAUAAAACCAAUAAGCAUCGUUUGACUGAAAUUAUAUUUUAAUAAUAAGUUUUACAAAUAUAUACAUAGUUUUUUAUCUAAAAUUACCAUUCAACUCUGAAAUAAUCACUACCUUAGGAUUAAAAAUAUAGUACUUUCUGAUCCCACAUAA